AUGCGGCAUCUUCGCAUGUGUUGGGUCAUACUGAGGCAGCUGCAAUAUGCACUGCAAGAGUACUUGGUGAAGGCCCUCAACAUAGCGAGUGAAUCCGGCUGGGCCCAGAAUGACAGUCGUUAUGGCUUCCUGCUGUACAAUGCAUCGCUAGUUUUUUGGAGGGUCGCACGGCCACUCUGCCGAUCAGGAUGGCAGAAGUACAUUGUGAAUGAGACGACUCAAGUUCUGGAAGCUUUGAAGGUCGUCAGAGCAGCCUCCUCAAGCGGGGCUGCGGGGGGCAAGCCCGGAAAGGGUGGGGGUACAACAGCAGCCAUUCCAGUACCCAUCGACCUACCAUGGCUGAUAGAGAUUACACUGAACCUAGCCUUUGGGCUUGAGGACGCGGGCCGCGAAGCGGACGCGCAGAAGAGGGCCGAUGAAGCAAGCGGGCUCCUUGACGAGUUCAUGAAGGAGCCGACGACCGCCUCAAACCCAGUGCUAGCAGCUCGUGGGGCGCGCCUUCAGCAGCUGGUCUGGAAUGCCCGGGCUUUCUUCAAUCGUAAGGCACCUGGAAAGGUGAAAGACGAUGUCGUCAAAGUUAGUGGCAGCGCCGUGCUUGGGGCCUCGCUCUUCAUUUGCAACGGUGGCACGCCGCCUGAUGCUGCAGCCGAGGAGCUUAUCAAAGCCUGGGCAAGUAUUGACAAUGAGUAUGACCUACGAGCUGCCAGGGACGCCUUCAAUGCUGACCCGCGUGCACGACCUGAUGGUGGCCAGGUGACUCGAGGGAAUGUCAAGCCGCAGAUGCUUGUCGACCUUGCUUUGGCAGUCCGCGCCGCCUGUUGUGCCAAGAACUGGGCCCUAGCUAUUUGCAUGAUUGCUCGGCUCGAGAGGUUUCAGAUACCCCCUGGUCGAGGCCGACUGCUUCUGGACAUAUGCAAGGCUGAGUGCGAUGUCUGGCAAGCCUGCAACGUUAAGAAGGAUGACCCCACGUCCAAGAUGCUGUUGUCCGCCGAGGAGCAGGCCAAGCGAGAGAUUGAGACUCGGCAUAGGGCGGUCAGACUAUGCGAGCAGUGCAUCAUGACGGCCAGAAGGAUUGAAGCUCCUGACCUGAUUGAGGAGGUGGCCGUCGUUAUGUGGAACAUCUCCCGGGAGUUGAUGUGCGAUCAACACCGCUUCCGAAUCCACAAGCCUCUGCAGAAGUGUUCUGAGCUGUUAGAAGAGAUGGAGUCCAACAGGUUGAUUCAAUUGAGGGUUCAACUUCAUUUUGAGGUGGCUCAUUGUGAAGUCGCCUCUGACCUUCUGACAAAGGGCUCUUCUGAGUUCCAGCGUGCAAAUACAUUGGACUACACAUUGGCAGAUGCGGAGCUGCCAGAUCCAGUGAAGCAGAUCCUUGCUGAUGAUGGUCUGGGCAGGGACCCCGCGCCAUACCUGCGGCGCUUUGAUGCUGCCAUGGACAGCCACCUACACCUGCUAUAUUGGAAGACCACCCUCUACGAAGAGCCCACUGACCCGGCAGACCAGGUCAUGCUUGUCUUAGAUCAGGUCUCCAAAGUCACUGGUGCCAAGAAUGAGAACGGGGAAAUUCUUCCGCUGUCGGCAGAGAAGAAGAAGCUGAACUACAGCCUGUUGGUGCAGGCUUUUGCCAAGCUGGAGAGCUGUCUGGAUGAGAUGAUUGCACCUGAUAGGAUGCAGCUGAGUGACACCUUCGAGCCACCCCCACGGCACAUCUUGGACAAGGAGUCGUUGAAGCCGCUGCCCCACCAGGCGCCCGCCACAGCUUUGACGGGCGGCAAGGCGGAGAUCGAUGGGAAACCCAUCCUUGACAAGCGGCCGCAGAGCGAGCGGGAAAAGACCAUACAAAAAGCCAAGCAGAUCGUCAUGCUGAUGUGCCGGUGUGGACUGGAGGCCUAUCGAGCAGAGGAGGGCGAAUUCGCUGUGAAGGUCUGCGCGAAAGCCAUCGCUACUGCGGUAGAUGCCUUCAGCUUCGGGCCAGCACCCAUCGAAGUUGAAGGUGCCAUUUUGCUGGCCUCCAGCGCCUACACCAAGUCGUUGUGCUUGUCUUGGGAUGUCGAGGAUUUGGGGCUUCUGAAUGGCAUCGACGAAGAGAUCCCUGAAGAGAAGGAGGAGCCUGUGGAAGAGAUUCCAGACGACGGCAGUGAAAGCGAGGAGCAGUUUCGGGAGUUGACGCCCGAGGAGAAAGCAGCCAUCACGGAGACGAAGCGAGAAAUGAUUAGGAGCAUCCUAUUCGGGUUGGCGAAGAGCCAAGAGUUCGGGCAGUACUGGAUGGUGGCCAACGGUCUGGUACAUUUCUGGAAUUUGCACUUGGACAUGAUAUGGUACAGUCACGAGGAGCCAAAGUUGCUGAAGCGCACUUUGCAGGAGUACCGGGCGGCCCUCCAGGAGAUCCAAAAGUAUCUCACGGGUCCGACGGCUUUGCCGGAUAGUGAAAUGAAGCCGGAACUUGCUGCCGGCCUCACGCUUGCCCACAUCAACGCGAACGUGGCUGUGGGCAACCUCACGGUCCUUCAGACGGAUGAGCUGACCGUGGUGAAGCGGCUCGGUCCGCGCGAGCGCAAGGAUAUCCUGGCCAGGGUGGCCAUGCUUUGCAAGGAGAACGACACGCCAUUGCCGGACGUUGCCAAGCUGCGGCCUGCUCGGCUCGAAGCUGUACCUGCCGCAAAAGACAAGAAAGGCGCGCCGGAAGUUACGGAUCCGAGUGACCUCCAGGGAAACGAAGUGGACAUCAUGGUGGCCAUCAUGAGCAUGCCGAAGGCGAAGGACGGCGAAGAAGCACGCAAGCUUGUGGAUCAGGCUGUGGCGCUGUUGCAGAAGUGGACGCCGGCUUCAAACGACGAGGCUAUGCUGUCCUUGUGGGUGGAGCUUUGGACCAGGCUGGGCCGGCAAUGUUUGAAGCCACCCAUGAAUCCGAACACUGGUGCCAAGUAUGCCCUGAUGUGUGGCGUACAGGGCCUAACUGAUCUGGAGGCUCCGAUACCCAAGUACGCCUCCAAUGCCCUCCUUCGCUGGCGUGGCGCCUGCCAUGCGCUGUGUGGCGAAGUCUUCGCUUCUUUGGUCGAUCCCCUGAAGCAGGAGAAGGAAAGCCUGACAAAGCUGAGGCGAAUGUCCGUGGCGCAGUUCGAGCGUUGCUGCGAGUACGCGAUUGUCACGGGCAAUCACGAACUGGCAAGCUUCGGUGCCAGCGCAAUGUGGAAUGUGUCGAUGCCCCUGAUGCACUCUGGCGAGACGCGGCAGAUGCUCGUGGAGCCGUACUUGAAGGCCACGCGUGCUCUUGGCGAAGUGAAGUUCAACGAAGAUCCUUACUUUUUUGCUGCCCUUUACGCGGCUCUAUAUGACUGUUACGCAGACCAGCAGCAGUGGGACAAGAUCCACGACAUGCUGAGGGAUGCCUUUAUGGCAGUUCCCAGCUCCAGCCACCGUCGGCUGUGGGCUUUGAGGAUGCUGGCGCUGAGCCAUCAGGGUAAGAAUGUGACAGUUGCCAUGGGUAAGAUGAAGGAAAGCCAGGCAAAGGCCCAGGCCAACAUUUGGCUGGUCUUGGUCUCUGCCAGCUCGCAGCCCAAAGAUCAGAUCAAUGCCUUCACCAAGGCCAUCAAUGUCCUGCAGGCUGCCAUGCAACCUGAGGUGGUUGAGGUUCGUAUGCAGUUCGCUGACUGGCUGCUACGGAAUGGCUUCUCACUGUCGGACGCCUUGGAGCAACUGGCAGCGGCAGCGGACCUCCUGCUGGAUAUAGAGGAGGGCUCUGAGGAUGAAGAUGAGGAAGAGGGCGGUGGUGACGAUGGCUUCUACGGCGCAGCCCAUGGAGAUGGGGGCGGUGGGGAUGGCAGUGAUGAUGGCAGCUCCGUUGCCCCCUCGGACUGGGACAAGAGCGAGUCCAAGUUUGGGCCGGAAGUCGAAUCGGCAGCAGCAGAGCUGGGAGUCAAGCUGGCAAGUCGGCUCAUGGCAGCAAAGCCGGCAGCCGUGCUGGGAGCCAGGAUGGGCAAGAGCAAGGCUGGCUCUCGUGCCGGCUCCCGGGCAGGCUCACGCGCGGGCUCGCGCGCGGGAUCCCGUGCAGGCUCGCGUGCAGGCUCCAGGGCCUCGAGGUCCUCCAAGCGGAGUGCCAGUGUAGCCGCAAAGUCUAGGAAGCAGCAGAAGCAAGAAGAGGAUGACGAGUUGGAGGCGGAGCUCUUUGCUCACAACUUCGAGGCGCUUUGCCGCCUACAGAGCAUGAAGGCUCAGCUCACGUGCGGAAAUGAAGUUCAUACCGCUCUUCAAGCCGCGUCACACUUCGCCAUGCGCUUCUUCGAGUCCUCAAUCGAGCCACCUGCCUGCAACGCGUUGAAGGUGUACUACUGGCUGGAAAUGAGGAGUAAGAAGUUGGCCAACACCUGGGCGCAGGAGCUUCAUAACAAGAAGCAGAAGGAAGGUGAUGAGGCAGCUGAUGCCACGAAGAUUGGAAAGAAGGAAGAGAAGGAGAUCCUUCAUUUGGCACCAUGCUUUUCGCUGCCCGUGCGUCUUGCUGAUUGGGCCUAUGCGGAGAGGUGGCCAUGGCGAGAAAAUGCAACUGCCGUAGAGGCAGGGCCAUCUAUCCUUGCAGAAGUCUACAAGCGCGCUGAGCUGGGGGGCCUGGUGUGGAGCAGUACAUGCACCUGGGUGGGGCAUGCGGAUGCAUUCUCCAGGCCACAGGUCAGCUUCUUCUCCUUGUUAUCUUUAGAGGAUGACUUGGAGGAGCACGGCUACCACCUCUUGGCCUUACCGCUUUUGGCCUUACACUGCCAGCUGGCAAAUUGCUUUGAGAGCCCGGUGAAGGAGGCCGUGGCCUGUACCGCGAAAUUGCGCUUAGCACGCUUCACCUCG